ACGGCACACGGGCAACGCGCGAACCGCGCGCGAUCGGUUCACGACGGUGAGGUGGUGGUAGAGAGGCACGGCGAGGUGGCACGUUAGUAGUGCCCAGAGAAGCGGUGCUCGCUUGGCCGGUACGUAGCGCGCGCGAGUCUAUCUCGGGCCUUCGAGAAGCGAGCGAGCGAGCGAGCGAUUCCGGGCUCUGUCCUCGUUGCCGAUCGCGUCCUCGUCGCGGCGAUUCUCCCUCGCGAGCAGAUUCCCAGUGGAAAUACGCGGAAAACGUCGUCUUUCUUAUCCUUCGCAAAGGUUGCGCAAUCUGCGCUCGCGUCUUUGUCCUUCAACAUGGGUUAAAGCGUGUUUUUCGCGAGUGUAAUUAUUUGUCAGGUAUUAGUGACGUGACGUGACGUGACGUGACGUGACUGUUUCUCGAAGAGGCGUGUAAGUGAGAUUCUGGCAUCGACCUGGUCGUCCUUCGUUUUCUCAAGCCGGGGAAAGAGGAAGAGAGACGCAGUGGCUGAGAGAAAGAGAGAGAGAAAGAAAGAGAGAGAGAGAGAGAGGAGCGUAUUGUAUUCGAAGUUGUCGGUAUUCUAAAGUCGUCUGCUCGCAGACUGCGCUCGUGUUCAGGGCGAAUGAACUGCGCACGCCGAUGAUAGUUCUUCGGAGCGCGGCGAUGCGCGAGUAAUGAAGGAGCUACGUGAUCGACCGAGCACGACCGGCAGUGAUAGAGAGAGAGGAGAAAGAAAGAGCGAGAGAGAAAUACGUAUAUUCAACCUCGACCUCCAAGUGUCGAGUGUGUGUAGUAGCGUGCGGCACAACGACGUUGUCGUCACGUCACGCGUUUAGACGGGUGAUUCGACAAUCCAGGACGGCAAUGUCGCGAUAAGGAGCAAUUUGGCGACGGGACGAGGGGAGAGUUUUCUUUCUAGUAUUAUUUCGUAAGGCUGCAACACUGGAAACGGAGUACCUUGUAACUUACCAAAUAGCAAAUCUAUUAACCGGCGUGCAAUAAUUCCCUCACGAUUUGAUUAACGAACUUACGAAGCUCAACCUCGCAAUAGGAAGAUUCCGAAUGCAUUCAAGUGUCAUCGAGAAUUUCGCAAGCAUCAAAGCGUGUCGCAUACUCAAUGGACCGAUCGUUUCGUAAUCAAUCUCUCUGAAAACGCUUCUACUGGAAGGAAUCUUCGAUAUUACCCGCGCGGAUUCAGGACUUACGCGCUUCCAGGAUUGGAGCCCCGGCGAUCGAUUUCGGCGCAUCCGGAGCAUCGAACGCGCAACAAGUUGAGGAGAGCACGUGGUGGACAUGAUGUGCGCGCGGGUGAAUUUGAUUGAAGUAUCCGUCCUUACGUAAGACUCGGUGACGCGCGCCGCGGCGAUAACUUUUGGUCGUUGUCGUUCGACAUCAUCACUGAUAAGCAGGAGAGUCUACGAGCGAGCAGACAGAGUGGUCAGUCGACGAUCGCGAUCCGCGACGCGAACAUAUCCCGCGGAAAUUCUCGCGAACAGCUCGAUCACCGUCCGCUUAUAAUCGCAUUCUGAACAUCGAUUUUCCGCAGCGGCGAACUCGCCGGUCGAGUUUUGCGCUCCGAGAAAUUUCGGACAUCGGAUCUUCUACAUUCGAAGCAUCGCAGAUCUGUGAUGUGCAGGCGGCGUUACUUAAAGUGCUGGUGAUAAUAUAAAAGUGGCGGCGGAUCGGCGGUGUGAGGAUAUCCUUGAAGAGUUCUUGUCGCGAGCAAAAAGAGAAAAGCUGCAAAAGGAGAAUCCGGAAGAGCUGUCUUAAUUAUCAGUGCGGCGCGGCGCCAAGCGGCUUUGAAUGACCUUCGUAUUUUGUGGCUUCGUCUUCUACUCGUCCGACGAGAAGACGAGACAAAUGCCGGUCGCUUCGGAGGGCUGGAUGCCCCACCCGGGCGCCAAGAUAACCAGUUCCAUCACCACCGUCAAGGGUGCCACCAUACAGAGCACAACGACGGCCUGGAUGUCGCCCUACAGUAGGACGGCGCCGCCGGAUCGUAGUGGGCCUAACAACAACAACAAUAAUAAUAAUAACAAUAACGGUGUAGUUAUACUGGACGGAUGCAGGCCACCGGCGGCCACGACGGCCAGAAGGUUCUUCAGGUGGUUCAGCAGACUGGGACAACCGCCGAUGGGAAAGUCAGGGGUGUUGGAGAUGGCGGCCACCGAGAGCACGAUCCGAUUUAGCGGCCACACAUUGGAUAAAGCGACCAAGGCCAAGGUGACGCUAGAGAACUAUUACAGCAAUCUGAUAGCGCAGCACAUCGAACGGAAGCAGAGGUUGGCGAAGCUCGAGGAGUCCCUCAAGGAUGAGGGUCUCUCAGAGCAGCAAAAGCAGGAGAAGAGGCUGCAGCAUGCCCAGAAGGAGACCGAGUUUCUUCGGCUCAAGCGGUCUAGGCUAGGCGUUGAAGAUUUCGAGCCUCUCAAGGUUAUCGGCAGAGGUGCCUUUGGCGAGGUGAGACUCGUGCAAAAGAAGGACACCGGACACGUGUACGCGAUGAAGAUCCUUCGGAAGGCGGAUAUGCUCGAGAAGGAGCAAGUCGCGCACGUCAGAGCGGAGAGAGAUGUCCUCGUGGAAGCGGACCAUCAAUGGGUCGUAAAGAUGUACUACAGUUUCCAGGACCCUAUAAAUCUCUAUCUAAUAAUGGAGUUUCUUCCUGGCGGUGACAUGAUGACGCUGCUCAUGAAGAAGGAUACGCUUUCCGAAGAAUGCACGCAAUUUUAUAUUUCUGAAACGGCGUUAGCGAUCGACUCCAUACACAAAUUAGGUUUUAUUCAUAGAGACAUCAAGCCAGACAACCUGUUGCUGGAUGCACGGGGCCACAUAAAACUCUCUGACUUUGGGCUGUGCACGGGUCUGAAGAAGUCGCAUCGGACCGAUUUUUACCGAGACCUGAGUCAAGCGAAACCUUCUGAUUUCAUGACAUCAUGCGGGAGUGGAAGCGGCGGCGCGAUGGAUAGCAAAAGGAGAGCCGAGAGCUGGAAGAGAAACAGGAGAGCGCUGGCUUACAGCACGGUAGGCACUCCAGACUAUAUCGCGCCGGAAGUGUUCCUGCAAACAGGUUACGGACCGGCUUGCGACUGUUGGUCUCUGGGAGUUAUUAUGUACGAGAUGCUUAUAGGAUAUCCACCGUUCUGCAGUGAGAAUCCGCAGGAAACGUAUAGAAAAGUAAUGAACUGGCGUGAGACGCUGGUGUUCCCGCCGGAAGUCCCCAUUAGCGAAGAGGCUAAAGAUACGAUUAUCAGAUUUUGCUGUGAAGCCGACAGAAGAUUAGGGGCGCAAAGAGGUAUCGAGGAACUCAAGCUGGCACCCUUCUUCCGCGGUGUCGAUUGGGAGCACAUUAGAGAAAGACCAGCCGCCAUACCGGUCGAGGUGCGAUCCAUCGACGACACGUCCAACUUCGACGAGUUUCCAGAUGUGAAAUUGGAAAUACCGUCCGCACCGAUGCCACAGGACGGCGAGGUGAUAUACAAGGACUGGGUGUUCAUCAAUUACACCUUCAAGCGCUUCGAGGGUCUGACGCAACGGGGCACGCCGACCAAGAAAUAGCAACCCCUCACUUCCUGCUCGAUCACCAGCGCCGCCGCUAAUCAGCAGCCAGCUGACGUGAUCGAAAUUCCGGCCUUGGUACAUCAUCCGCAUCCGCCGUCGUCGACGGCAAUGGCGCGCACGGCGGACGGCUGACCUAUCUCGCUCCCGAGCGCGAUUCGAGCCACUCUUAUUUGUAUAUACGUGAUGAGCACGGGUUGUCAUGAAUAAGCGCGACAUUAUCACGACGAAUAUCGACGAUCACGACUAAGCGGCGACGAGCGCGGCCAGCCAGGCAGACAGAUACGAGAGAGUAUAGUGGAUAGGUAAGGUGCACAAUAUACAAACGUCGCGCGUCCACGCAUGCGUCGACGGUGACGCGGCGCGCGUGAUAAGGCGACGCGAACGAAGUCUUUCGUUGUGUGACUCACGGUGUGCAUCCUCGUGCAUCCUCAUCGAGAAGCAUCAUUCGAUACUUGCGUGCCGCGGAAGAGGCGCUUUUGUGCGAAGCGUAGCAUAAUCAGCUCUCUGUGGUAAUGGUAUUAAACGGAGACGAUCGGAGGGAGCCUCGGUUCCGUGGUCCUCACAACUCACUUGCCUUUUAGUUGUCUCUGCGACGCGCGUCAAAAUGGAAUUUUACUGGGGGAAAAUAUAUUUGUCAAAAGUAAUGUGUGCGGCUAAGCUCUCGAAUCAAGCUCUCUUUCCCUUCUCUUUCUUUCUCGCUCUUUUCCACCUUCCUUUCUUUAACUUUCUCUCUAUUUCAAACAUUAUAUUUAUAAUUAACUCUCUGUGAUAUGUGAAGUUGUUGAAAAUCUCUGCUAUAUUUCGGACCUUCUUAUCUGUUGGUGGUUACUAUGUUUUUAUUGAUGUUAUAUAUAU